AAUAUAGGUUAAGUACGAAUGUUCAGUGAAUUUAGAAUUUGAUGUUUUGUGAAUAGAAUGUCCAUAAGAAUGAGGCAGGGUGUAGGUGACUGUGUGACUGAAGUAAUAAAUAAAGUGGAUAUCUCGAAAAAUGGAAUCGAUCCAUCGAAACUUAAGGCAAACAAAUCCCUUAAAAACGCAAAUGGAUUCACAAAAGGAGUGGGACAUGUAUUGGGUUCCUCUGAUGAAGAGGGUGCACUUCAGAAUGGAUAUCUUCGAAGUGGCGCAGUAGAAAAGAAUCGCAUAAUGCGCGAGUCCUUCGAACCGCCAACCUUGAUAACAUACGCCCUCACCCAGAUUAGUUUUUACAUCCUCAUGUUUCUCGGCUAUCUCAGUCAAGCCCUUUUCCCUCCUAAACUAGUCAAGGAAAAGAACCGCGACGGCUAUCCACCUUUAAUAGACAGAUUCGCCGCAUUUUAUUCGAGAUACGUGUACAGACGGAUUCGGGACUGUUGGAACUAUCCCAUCUCUAGUGUGCCUGGUUCACAAGUGGUGCUUAAGGAGAGGGUCACCAAGGAUUGCGGGUGGACAUUCGAAUUCACGGGAGAAAAAAUCAAUUGCCUUAAUCUCGCUUCGUACAAUUACUUAGGCUUCGCCGAAUCGUCGGGUCCAUGUGCCGAAGCGGCAAUCGAAUCGAUUUAUAAAUAUGGAGUUACAACAGGUGGUACAAGACAAAGAUAUGGUACGUGUCCCUUGCACAACGAACUUGAGCAACUUACUGCUGAGUUUUUGGGUGUUGAGGACGCCAUUACUUUCGGUAUGGGCUACGCCACCAACACCCUCAAUCUUCCCACCUUCAUAACACCCGGAACCUUGAUUAUCAGUGAUGAAAAAAAUCAUGCCAGCAUUAUUGUUGGAAUUAAAGUACGAGGGAGUGUUGUUAGAGUUUUCAAACACAAUGAUGUAAAGGAUUUAGAGCAAAUCCUCCAGGAAUCCAUCUACUAUGGCCAAGAUCGAAAGGGGGAAUACAAACCAUGGAAAAAGAUUGUCAUAAUUGUCGAGGGCGUUUACAGCAUGGAAGGAACAAUAGUGAAAUUGCCUGAAAUCAUUGCCCUUAAAAAAAAGUACAAAGCCUACUUGUACCUGGAUGAAGCCCACAGCAUUGGUGCAAUGGGUAAAAAUGGAAAAGGUGUUGUGGACUAUUUUGGCUGUGAUCCCAAGGAUAUUGACAUCCUCAUGGGAACCUUCACCAAGAGCUUCGGUUCUGCCGGCGGAUACAUCGCUGGUUCGAAGGAGUUAAUCACCUUCUUAAGAAAAAAAAGCUACGCAUCUGAACAUGCGUGGGCGAUGCCGCCAGCUUUGGCCGCACAGAUCAUUAGCGUUUUAAAGAUUCUCAUGGGACGUGAUGGUACAAAUGAGGGUCGUAGGAGAAUAGAAACUUUGGCUCGUAAUACGAGAUAUUUCCGUAUGCGUCUUGAGCAAAUAGGUGUUAUCGUACACGGCAACGAAGACUCCCCAGUUGUGCCUAUAUUAGUCUAUUUAUAUUCUAAAAUAGCUGCAAUGGUGCGUACACUGGUGAAAGAGAAGAUCGCUACUGUGGGUGUCGGUUAUCCAGCCACUCCGUUGUAUGAAGGAAGAAUUAGAAUCUGUCUUUCAGCAGGACACACUAAGGAACAACUUGAUUACGCAUUGGAUGUCAUUGACGAAGUGGCAGACGAACUGGGGCUCAAGUACUCUAGGAAGUCCAAGAAUCUAACACCAAUAGAUUACGAAAAAAUCAAAGUCUACGACUAAAAUCAAACGCUCUGUUCUCUAGCAAAUAUUUCAGUACUUUUAAAUUUCGUCUUACUUAUUGUGUACCAAAUAGUUCCUUAAACCAAAUAUUCAGUUUUAGGUUUAUAACAUGCACAAGUAGAGAAAUCGUCUAGAGAGUGUAUUUUUUGUACUCGAGACAUUCGUUUUACGUACGUGAAAACAUAUCAUCGAAGCUAUUUUUUUAAAAUCACUACUUACAUUACUAAUUUAAAAAUAUAAUAUUUAUUUGCCUUAAAAGACUAUGUAUUUGUUCUGUUCUACAUUAUACAUAAGAUUGAUGCUCUUGAACCUUAUUUGUAAAGUAUUAUUUUAUGACUUUUAUAUUUCCCAGUUUUAGAUACAGGUAAUAUGAUCUGUUUAUUUAUUAUAUUAUGUACCAGUAUUUUAAUUGUCAAUUAUUUACUUGUUUUUCAAUACCAAUUUACUAUAUAGUUUUGUUUCUUGGUAUAUUUAUUUUUACAAUAUUUUAAAAUUUGGCUACUUUCAACUAAUCUUUCCAUAAAGAUUAAACAUAAGAAUAUAGUAUUAAACUUAUUUACUUUUUUCUAUAUAUGGCUUAUUUUUAAAACGUGAAUUUUAUCAUUACUAUUUUAUUUAUUAGAAUGUUAAUGCUUAGACCUUUUAGUAUUUUAAUAUCUGAGAAAACCUGAGAUGUAUUGGUAAAAAUAGCCAAAUUUAAAAUAGUGGAUAUUUUGAUUGUUUUCUUAGAUAUAUUGUCAAAUUGUUGACGUUGUUAGAGAAUAUAUACGAACUAAUUAUUUCUUUUACAAUCAAUAUCAAACACUAUAUAAGCUUGGAAGUAUUUUAUAUAUCUCAAAAAUAACUUCAAUUUAUCAGCUUUGUACAUUUGAUUUAUUAUAUUUUGCUAGAUGUUGUUAAUAAAAUAUUAUGUAUAUUUUAA